GGCAGGUGCACGGCUGCGGGGACGGCAGCGGCAUGACCGGUCACCACGGCUGGGGCUACGGCCAGAACGACGGCCCCUCACACUGGCACAAGCUGUAUCCCAUUGCCCAGGGAGACCGCCAAUCACCAAUCAAUAUCGUAUCCAGCCAGGCUGUGUACUCGCCCAGCCUGAAGCCACUGGAGCUUUCCUAUGAGUCCUGCACAUCCCUUAGCAUCGCCAACAAUGGCCACUCUGUCCAAGUGGACUUCCGUGACAGCGAUGACCGAACUGUGGUGACUGGGGGCCCCCUGGAUGGGCCCUACCGGCUCAAGCAGUUCCAUUUCCACUGGGGCAAGAAGCACAGUGAGGGCUCAGAGCACACAGUGGACGGCAAGUCAUUCCCCAGCGAGCUUCACCUGGUUCAUUGGAACGCCAAGAAGUACAGCACUUUUGGGGAGGCAGCCUCAGCACCUGAUGGCCUGGCUGUGGUCGGUGUCUUCCUGGAGACGGGGGAGGAGCACCCCAGCAUGAACCGUCUGACAGAUGCCCUCUACAUGGUUCGGUUUAAGGGCACCAAGGCCCAGUUCAGCUGCUUCAACCCCAAGUGCCUCCUGCCUGCUAGCCGGCACUAUUGGACCUACCCCGGCUCCCUGACAACACCUCCACUGAGUGAGAGUGUCAUCUGGAUUGUGCUCCGGGAGCCCAUCAGCAUCUCUGAGAGGCAGAUGGAGAAAUUCCGGAGCCUGCUUUUCACCUCAGAGGAUGAUGAGAGGAUCCACAUGGUGAACAACUUCCGGCCACCACAGCCACUGAAGGGCCGUGUGGUCAAGGCCUCUUUCCGGGCCUGAGCUGCCUACCUGCGCAGCCGGCCACUGGGGCACCAUCUUCCCAAGGGCUUCCAUGUCAACAGACACCAAACCAUCCAAGGCUCCCUGCCUGGGGUUGCUUUGGACCCUCCUUCAGCUGGCUUGCUCCUUGGCCACGCUGGAGGCUUCUUGAUGUGAUCCUCAUGGCGGGGGACACCAUUCAGCUGCCCUGGGGACAGGAAGGACAGGAGCUGAGAAUGGUUCAAGCCUGAGGCUGCCUCUGCUCUCCAAGACCCAAAGGCCCCUGGGAACCUCCUCUUGUCUUCCCCACUGGCAAUGGCAGCAGCCCCACCCUGAGCUCACACUGUGAUGGAUGAGACCAAACUCUCCAGGGCAGGCAGCUGGCAUUGCCAGAAAGACUCAAGCAAUAAUUAGAAGUGGGCAGAGCUGCCCUCUCAGCGUUACCUCUUCUGCAGGCCUCCGCCAUGCACGCACCUCACUGCCAGGCCAUGAAAAUCAGGACCCAGCCUGCUGGAGGUGACAGGGCCUUCUCCCUCCGGCCAUCGCUGCCAUAGGCAGGCACUGGCUACAGCUUAUGUAGAAUCUCCCUUCACCCCUCCCAGCCACCAAAGCCACCUACACAGCAAUCCAUCCAUGCACUGAUUAAUAAAUUCAUUCAUUCAUGCAACA